GUUAUGGCUCGUACCAAGCAGACGGCCCGCAAGUCCACCGGCGGCAAAGCGCCGCGCAAGCAGCUGGCCACCAAGGCGGCCCGCAAGAGCGCGCCGGCCACGGGCGGCGUGAAGAAGCCGCACCGCUACCGGCCCGGCACGGUGGCCCUGCGCGAGAUCCGCCGCUACCAGAAGUCCACGGAGCUGCUGAUCCGCAAGCUGCCGUUCCAGCGGCUGGUGCGCGAGAUCGCGCAGGACUUCAAGACCGACCUGCGCUUCCAGAGCUCGGCCGUGAUGGCGCUGCAGGAGGCGUGCGAGGCCUACCUGGUGGGGCUCUUCGAGGACACCAACCUGUGCGCCAUCCACGCCAAGCGCGUCACAAUCAUGCCCAAGGACAUUCAGCUCGCGCGCCGCAUCCGCGGGGAGAGGGCGUAAACCGUUAAAACCGAGUGCCACCGUUAAACCCAAAGGCUCUUUUCAGAGCCACCUA